GUCCAGUGCCUGGCAGGUGAUUAGCACAGCGAAGCUCCUCCUCAGCUACGCCAGAGACAAUCCUGGACAACUGCACAGCAAGAUAAGGGAUUUUUCAGGACAGAGACGAUCAAGAUGGAUACGUCAAAACUACCUAGGAUCCAGGAUGAAGAGCGAGAGAGCCAGUUUGGAUAUGUACAUGGGGUUUCUGGACCAGUGGUGACAGCUACUGCGAUGGCAGGAGCAGCCAUGUACGAGCUGGUUCGUGUCGGUCACAGUGAGCUAGUGGGAGAAAUCAUCCGUUUAGAGGGAGACAUGGCAACUAUCCAGGUCUAUGAGGAGACUUCCGGUGUGUCUGUUGGUGAUCCUGUCCUGCGAACAGGAAAACCCCUCUCUGUAGAGUUGGGACCAGGAAUCAUGGGCUCCAUCUUUGACGGUAUCCAGCGCCCGCUAAAAGACAUCUAUGACAUCAAUAAAAGUAUCUAUAUCCCAAGAGGAGUAAAUAUCGGCGCUCUUAACAGAGACAUCAAAUGGGAAUUUUCCCCUGGCCAGAGUCUUCGGGUUGGCAGUCACAUGACAGGUGGCGACAUCUAUGGCAUGGUGUUUGAAAACUCUUUAAUCAGACACAAGCUGAUGCUUCCACCUCGCAACAGAGGCACCGUGACCUACCUGGCCCCACCUGGAAACUACGACAUUUCUGAUGUGGUUCUGGAGCUUGAAUUUGAAGGCGUGAAGGAGAAGUUCACCAUGGUGCAGGUGUGGCCGGUACGACAAAUCCGCCCAGUAACGGAGAAACUACCUGCGAAUCAUCCGCUGCUGACUGGUCAAAGAGUUCUGGACGCACUUUUCCCUUGCGUGCAGGGCGGCACCACUGCUAUACCAGGAGCCUUCGGUUGCGGAAAAACGGUGAUCUCUCAGUCGUUGUCCAAGUAUUCCAACAGUGACGUGAUUAUCUAUGUCGGUUGCGGAGAGCGUGGAAACGAAAUGUCUGAGGUGCUGCGGGAUUUCCCUGAGCUUACUAUGGAAGUCGAUGGCAAGGUUGAGAGCAUCAUGAAGAGAACAGCACUGGUCGCUAAUACAUCCAACAUGCCUGUGGCUGCCAGAGAGGCUUCCAUUUACACAGGUAUCACAUUGUCCGAAUACUUCCGAGAUAUGGGUUAUAAUGUGAGCAUGAUGGCCGACUCGACAUCUCGAUGGGCUGAAGCACUGAGAGAAAUCUCUGGGAGAUUGGCUGAAAUGCCUGCUGACAGCGGUUACCCUGCUUACCUGGGUGCCAGGCUCGCCUCCUUCUACGAGCGCGCUGGACGUGUGAAGUGCCUGGGAAAUCCAGAGAGAGAAGGCAGCGUCAGCAUCGUAGGAGCUGUGUCGCCCCCUGGUGGAGACUUCUCAGAUCCUGUCACCUCAGCCACAUUGGGAAUUGUUCAGGUGUUCUGGGGCUUGGACAAAAAGCUGGCUCAGAGAAAACACUUCCCUUCUGUAAACUGGCUGAUUAGCUACAGCAAGUACACACGAGCUCUGGAUGAAUAUUAUGACAAACACUAUCCUGAGUUUGUUCCUCUGCGCACAAAAGCCAAAGAGAUUCUACAGGAGGAGGAGGACCUGGCUGAAAUCGUGCAGCUUGUAGGCAAGGCCUCCCUCGCUGAGACUGACAAGAUCACCCUAGAAGUUGCUAAGCUCAUUAAGGACGACUUCCUGCAGCAGAACGGCUAUACCCCCUACGACAGGUUCUGCCCCUUCUACAAAACCGUUGGCAUCCUCUCCAACACAAUAGCUUUCUACGACAUGGCCCGACACGCGGUGGAGUCCACUGCACAGAGUGACAACAAAAUCACCUGGGCCAUGAUCAGGGAGCACAUGGGAGAGAUCCUGUACAAGAUCAGCUCCAUGAAGUUCAAGGACCCUGUGAAGGAUGGCGAAGCUAAGAUCAAAGCAGACUUUGCUCAGCUGCUGGAGGACAUGCAGAACUCCUUCCGGACCCUGGAGGAAUGAGUUUCUUACCUCUGAGCUCCUCUCCCAAAUACCCAAACCCCAGUGCAGUGCAACAUAGUGCAGAUUAAACGGCCCGUGUUGUGAGUGUCUGCCUCAGUCAUGUGAUCUCCUUUCUUCCUUGGUGUUUAUGUCCCUUUAAACAUUCCAUGACAAAUGACCUGGACAAAUUUGCAUUUUGUUUGACAGCAGCUUCACUCAGCCCAUUACAGAGCACUUAUAGAUCAUGACACCAUCGUGUUGUGGUUAAAAUCAGAGGGCCCCAAUCAGGUGCUGCACUUGCAUGCAACUACUAGCUGCAACAAAGAAUGGAAAGGGAUGUUUCUUUUCCACCAGAUGUGACGGUGAUAAAUACAAAUUAUUAAUCCAAUGGGAACACGCACAUGGGUAAAGGGACAGAUGCGCUGUGUUACAUCAGGGGGGUUAAAGCAUUCUUCCACCUCUUACCUCUUAAGUGUGAUAGUGAUGUUGUGGACUAUAUACUUGACACUAUAUGUAAAAAAAAAAAAAAA